CUGUCCUGCUCCGGGAGCCGGCGCUGUCCGAGCGGAGACACCGAGCUCGAGCCGGAGCCGGGGCCGGGGAAGGGGAAGCGCCCAAGAGUGUAUUUGUUCCUUCCUUGGAGUGCAGAAGAAUAUUGGAAGAGGCAAACUGCAGCUAAUCAGAAGGGAUGAUAGUGAGUCCGAAGUUGAUGACUUGUUGCUGGAGCAGUACCUGCACAGGCGAAAGAAGCAUUUAAUGUUAACCUUCACCAUUCUUUGGACAAUUACCUUAAAUCUAUCAGUCAUUGAGCCAAUUUUUUUUUGUUUUGGUGAACCAUUCACACACCUAAGAAUGCAAUGAAAGAUUUCUGAGGAAAUGGCAACUGUUCAAAUUCAUCAUUUUCAAAAAUACUGUAUAUCGUAGUGUAUAAAUUUCCCUGCUGUUUAAGACAACCUGUCUUUUGGAUGCCAGAAUGCAUGUUUAAGACUUUAUGUGUUGUGUGUAAAACACGUUUGAGUUGAACCUACUGGAAGUUUCUGAUAGAAGCUACGUGAGACCUGGGUGUGACGUAUUUUACAGUAGAAUCGCUAAAGCAAAACUUCAAAGCUUGUGUUGAUGGCUGCUACAAAUGAUACAUUGGUUCCUCUGGAAUGUUUGCUUCCUGCAGGGAAACUGAAAUAUUGUCUGUUAAUUCUCAAUCAACCUAUGGAUGGUGAUCAAUUUCAGCGCCUGUGGAGUAAAGCUGUUGUUCGUGCAUGUGCCGAUGGUGGAGCAAACCGACUGUAUGAACAAACUGAAGGAAGGCAAGACAGGUAUCUCCCUCAUUUCAUCACUGGAGAUUUUGAUUCGAUUAAACCGGAAGUAAAAGAAUUUUACAAAGUCAAGAAGUGUGAAAUUAUUGACACACCAGAUCAGGACUUCACCGACUUCACAAAGUGCUUACAAAUACUACUUCAGAAAGUGAAGGACCAAGGACUAGAGGUCGACAAUGUUGUCGUGCUCGGUGGACUUGGCGGACGUUUGGACCAGAUCAUGGCCAGUGUGGAGACACUUUUUCAUGCCACAAAGUUAACUAAGCUCCCAGUUAUCAUCAUUCAGGAGACAUCUCUGGCCUAUUUACUGCAGCCUGGUCACCAUAGACUGUGCGUUGACACAGGACUAGAGGGGAAGUGGUGUGGCCUUAUCCCAGUGGGAAGUCCAUGCAAUGUGACAACAACUGGCCUCAAGUGGAAUCUGACCAAUCAGGUACUUCAGUUUGGGAAGCUGGUCAGCACCUCCAACACUUACGACGGAAGUGGAAUUGUGACAAUAGAAACAGAUCAACCUCUAUUAUGGACAAUGGGAAUAAGGAGACACCUUGGCUAACGUUUGUGCCUUUACGUGGGACGAUGUAUCAGGAGUUAACAACAGAAGAAAUAAAAGUCUGAUUUAUAUAUUUA